AUGGGAGACAGAACUGGCGGAGCUGGAGCUUGGUCCUCCAGGUUGCUUCUACUACUGCUCCUGGGAGCAUUGAGCAACAUCGAUGCUUCUCCCACUGAUUUGACAACAGAUGCAACAACUGAGCUGCCACUGGCUGAGACACGGGCUCAGACAGAGGAUCAGGAUCAGGAUGGGGACGUCUUGGAUGUCGAUGAAGAUUUGGAUGCGCGCAGUGCGUAUAUCAACAAUCAGUUUGUGCCCAGCGAACCCAUCGAUCUAACGGAUGAUGAACAGAGUGCGCCGCUCUACGAAAUACUGCAAAAGCAAAUGGAGCAAGUGUUGGCAGGUACCGGAUCGGACGUGCCCAUCUACGAGGAGGACAAGACCAAGCAGAAACGCGUUCAACAGGUACCCAAAAAGCCGCUUUUUACCAUUAGCAACGAAGCCGAUGCGGAUGACGACUAUGUGGAUGAGACUAUGACAGAUGCGGGGCAGACUUAUGUCGAUGCGGAGAAACCAGAUGCAGCAGCUGGCGAGAUACUGCCCGAUGCUGGCUACCAGACGCCGCCACAGCUGAGUCCCAGCACCAGCACAAUGCCUCCAAGCAGUCACAGCACCACUGUUCGCCAUCGUCCCCAACGAAGACGCACCACCACUGCGUUGCCAAGAACCACUCGAGUCAAAAUAGGCUCACAUUCAAAACCAACGCAAGCCGCUGCAAACCACACUGACUUAUUAAGCACCACAAUUGCACCACCCACAAGCCACCUGAGCCACAAGCCAGUGCAUCAUACUAAACGUCCUGCUCCCAGCAACAGCCUGCCACCAGAUCAGCAAAUCUAUCAGCACAAGCGACGCAUUGUUUUCAAGACCAUUUCGACAGGUUCGCAGUUUGUCAACUCUCCCAUCGGAGAUCUGAUGAUCAAGUUCUCCAUCGGCUUUGCCAAGCCAGCGCCGAGUGGAGCGAUGCCCUCCAAUGAGGCGUUGCGUCUCCUCUCCCAGAACUGGCUGCGUAACAUUGAAUUGCAGAAGUUUAAGCGAGUUAAUAAAGUCCAAAGGGAUUAA